AUGGCGACACCACACUCUUUACCUUCCGCGUCACAUCGCACUGUAACUCACCUCCCAUUUUCUCCAAACCCGACAAGCAAUCCUCCGCUCCGUAUUCCCAUCCAGUCCAGACCCCACAGCGGAAGCACCUCCGGCAAUGUGCCCCCAAGCCCGAAGAGUCCUACACGGCCCAAGUCCGUGGUCUCAUCGCGCUCCCAUCCGUCUCAAAAUCCUAUCACCGCUGCAGAUCCCCUCCCCAUGCCUGUCUCCGCGUCUAUCCCACUUUUCCACCCCCGACCCGUACAUAGCUCUAGUACGACCCACGCAGGUGGCAUUCUCCCCUCUGCAUCCUUCUUCCACCCCUCACGCCCUAGUUAUCCUCCCCCAUCGCCACCCCCGGCCCGCCCCUCGCGCCCAUCAAGUGCUGGGUCCGUCAUGUCCACCGAAGCACCCACAUUCGAUGUAUUACGGCUCGCGCCACUCUCCGAGCACCAGAUUCGCGAAUCGGACGCUACGGAUAGCAUUGGGCAUUCGACGGAGGAGUUUAAGGAUCAGGAGCAUACACUGGACGCUUCCGCCAGGUCCGCGAGUGUGAAGCCCAGCCGCGAAGCGCUACUUCCGAUUGGGCCGUCGCGCACCUCGAGAGCACGCCGACCGACCGUGGUGACGCAGAGCGGGCCGUAUGGGCUGAGCGAGACGAACGUGAGUGCGGGCGGCCGGAUGCGCGACAGUUUCGAGAAGCUGUUUAAGCGGGGCUUCAGCUUCGAUGGGAGCCACAAGUCUCCAGCGACGAGCCCGACAUCGGCCAUUGCGAGCAAUGGACUUGCGCACACGCGCCUGACGUCGCGCUCCAUCGAGCCAUCGCCUAUAUCUCCCACCGCCGUAGCGCGGAUGACCUUUGAGCUGAAUGUUGCUCGCUCGACGAUAUCGCCGCGGGUCCAGCACAAGCACAGUCUCUCUCCGACGCAAGCGUCGACUUCGUCGCUGAACAUGUCCUUCGUUUCUCACCCGCCACCCGACAUGAAGGUUUCGCUGUCCAUGGUGCCCGUGGUCAACCGUGAGACCGGCAAGCCCGUGCGGAACUACCAGCUGCACCAGUCACGCAACCGGUUCUUCCUCGGCGGCAGGCUGCUUACUGGCGGCGACUCCCCCCGGGCGUUCGUCGCUUCGCUGAUCGUCGUGCUAGGCAUCGCAGGCGUGUGGUUUAGCACGACGUGCGUGUGGUGGUGGCACCAUAAGAGCCCGGCGGUCGCGGCGGUGGGGGUGUACAUGUGUCUGCUGACCAUCUCGAGCAUGCUUGCGACGGCGUUUCGCGAUCCGGGCAUCUUGCCUCGGGAUUUGGACCCAGAGCCACCGUUUGCUCCGAAUAGUUCGUCUGAGAGCCUCCGUGCGCCAUUACCACGCGACCUCAAAGUCCGAGCAGGAUUCGUUCGCACAAAGUAUUGUCCAACAUGCAGAACAUACCGACCACCACGAUCAUGCCAUUGCAAGAUGUGCGACAACUGCGUGGAUGGGUGUGACCAUCACUGUCAAUGGGUGAACAACUGCAUCGGCAGGCGCAACUACACCUCGUUCUUCACGUUCCUCCUCUCCUCCGUUGUCACGAUUAUCCUGGUGAUAUGCACGUCCGCGCUGCACCUGUAUUUUCUGACGCGCGACAGCCGUACGAGCUUCCGCAGGGCGCUGGCGACUGCGGACGGCGUAGGGAGCGCAGUCGGGUUUUCGAUGGCCAUUCUCGUCCUGUGGCCUGUGAUGGCGUUGCUCGUGUAUCAUCUUCGGUUGCUGUUGUUGAACGUGACGACGAUCGAGCAGAUUCGCGCACAGGCGCACAAGUCGCUCGUGCCCGGGCCUGCGCCCCCGAACCCGUUCUCGCACGGGACGUGGCGGCGGAACCUGCUGUAUGUGCUCUGCCGGCCGGCGGGGAUGUCGUGGCUCGAUUUUUCUGCGGUCGCGACGGAGGACAAGCGCGAGAUCAACCCGGGGCUGGUGCAGGAGGCGUGGAUGGCCGAGGCAGAGGAGGGGCGCGCGAAGGGCGAGUAG